GUGGUCACAAAAAAGAUCUUAGGAAUUAAAAGUCCGACUCGGUCCGAGAUACAUAUAUAUAUUUUUUUCUUGUGUAUAUCUGUGCAUUAUCAUAUCACAUUAAAAUAAAUAUAUAUAUUAAAGUUAUAUAUAUAACAAGAUAUAAAUUGGACAUAUACGAGAUAAAAUAGUAUACGCGAGUGGCUAACAGCGAAAAAGUGAAUUCGUUUCUUUACUGCUAACUUUUUUUUCCAUCUCAGCAUCAUCAGGUUGUCAUCAACUUUAUUUGUUGUUCUGGAAUAUUUAUCGCCGCAGAUCAAGUGUAGAAUGUGUGUCUUGUCAAUAUAUCCCUAAAUAAAGAAAUAUAAGAUAUAUAUUAAUAAAAGAGGCAAGAAAAGUGAUAAAAAUUGAAUAAAAGUGUUCGCAAUUUAUCGAGUAUUGUUGCGAAAGAAGGAAAAGUGCAGAAAUUUAUUUAUUGUUUUUAUUACACGGCAAAUUGAAAGGAGAAAAAGAAGAAAAAAAAAUAAUAAACAGCAAAAAAAAAGUUAAAAGUCGAUAUUAGGAAGAUUUAUGAGAGAAAAUUCAAGUGGAAAAUAAUAUUUGUGAAAAAUAAAUAAAAAUAAAGAAUUUACAGGGCAAUUUAUUGAACAAAAUUAAUUUUCAAAUAAAGAAAAAAAUCUUUUAAAAUAAGAAAAAAAUUUUCCAAGAAAUAAAAAGAGAGAGGAAAUUGUUGUGAAAAUCUUUCAAGGAUAAUAGAUGGUGAUCAUUUUAGACACACAAGUUUAAAAAGUUGAUUGUCGUCAUCGUGACGCACUGGAGCCGCUUGUCGCUAAACGGCAGCCUUCGACGCGAGGAAUGCCGUCACUUUGCGCCCUGGGAGUGUACAUAACGCUCCUCGGGCUCUUGCUGUGCCACAGUUGUACGGCGCAACAAGGUCCGGCGCCGCAAACGUGCCCCGCUGCCAGCGAAAUUUCGCCGUGCGCCUGCCAAGUGAAGAAAAAUGGCUUGGAUAUUUUGUGCGAAGCGACAGAUGUGGGACACAUUACGCGUGCCAUGAGCGCUUUAAAAGGCAAAAAUCCGAUUAUUUUCUAUUUGAAGUUGCGACACAAUAAUUUGCCGAAGUUGCAAGGAUUUCUGUUUCUCGCAUUGGAUAUUCGGCAUCUGACGAUACACAAUAGUAGUUUGGCGGCAAUUGAGGAGACGUCGUUGAGCUCGUUAGGCAAAGGUCUCACACAACUCGACGUUUCGCAAAAUCAAUUAACCAAAGUACCAUCGACUGCGCUGAAAAAUCUGCACCAUUUGCUGAUAUUUAACGUGAAUCACAACAAAAUUGGACAGAUACACGCAAAGGCGUUCGAGGGUCUCGAUACUCUGGAGAUUUUGACGAUGUACGAGAACAAAAUUAAUUUAGUCGAACCCGAUGCGUUCCGCGGACUCGAAAAGAAACUGAAACGUCUCAACUUGGGCGGCAAUCUGCUACAACAAGUGCCACAACGUGCAUUGGCGAUACUGGAUACGCUGAAAAAAUUGGAGAUACAAGAGAAUAAAAUUAAGAAAAUACGAGAGGGGGAUUUUGAAGGAUUACGCAACUUGGAUUCCCUCAUUUUGGCCCACAAUCAGUUAUCGGAGGUGCCUGCCAAUGUCUUUCGUCAUUUAACUCUCUUGAAUUCGCUCGAGCUCGAGGGAAAUCAAAUUAGCGUGAUCGAUAAAGAUGCAUUUGCCGGAUUGGAAGAAAACUUGCAAUAUUUACGGUUGGGCGAUAAUAAUCUCCAUGUGAUUCCAAGCGAAGCACUCAAGCCGUUGCACAGACUCCGUCAUUUGGAUUUGCGAUCAAACAACAUCAGCGUAAUUGCAGAAGAUGCAUUUGUGGGAUAUGGUGACUCGAUUACUUUCUUGAAUUUGCAGAAGAAUGACAUCAAGACGUUACCAGCACUGGCAUUCGAGAACCUAAACUCCCUCGAGACAUUGAACAUCCAAAACAACAAAUUGCAAAGCAUAACGGAAGAAGUGAUGGAGCCAAUUAUUGAUACAUUGCGAGUCGUCGAUAUCAUGGAUAAUCCCCUCAUCUGUUCGUGCGACUUGAUUUGGUUCCCGAACUUGCUGCGCGAGUUAAAAAAUCGCGAUGACGAAAUGACGCAGAAAAAGCGCCCCAUGUGCUUAAUGCCAAACGAACAUCGCGAAUAUUUCGUGCAAAAUAUGCCAAUUGAUCGCAUGAAUUGCUUAAAAUCGCCACCGAGCUCGUCGAAACGCGGAGCUGCCCCCUCAUCGGCUACCACACGAAAAUAUCUAGAGUACUUUGUCACAAUGUCUGGCAUGUUUUUGUGGCAAAUUUGUAUUUAAUUUUUCGCAUAAUGUAGAAAUUUUUGUUAUUUUUGUGUUGA